UUCUGGCUAGACUGAAGCUCAUUAUGCAAUCCAGUUUGGCCUCAAACUCACAUACAUACACCUACCUCUGCUUCACAAGUGCUGGGAUUAAAGGCACAGUUCCUUCACAACCAGCUUAAUAAGCAAUAUGUUUUAAGAGAGUUUUGGGACAUGAAUAGAUUUUUUUUAAUUAUUCUUUUUAUUUAGUUUUAUUCAGUUGCCAUUAGAAGCCAUCUCAUUUGGAGAAAUCAUUGAUUAUGCUAUCAAACAGGUAGCCCUUUAUGACCCAGUCCAGUGUGCUUCCAUCAAGGUCUGUUGACACUGACAGCGACAGGUGUUAUUAUGAGUGCCUCCACAGUGACACCACUUGACGCAUGGCUAAUCCUGAUUCAGAUGUGCUUUCUGCAUGAAGCAUGUUGGUUUCAGAGCCUAAGUAUGGGAAAAAGAAUGUAAAAUGUCUCUGUUGUAUUUUUAUAUUUAUUACUUGUUAUGGGGUUACUAUUUGAAUAUAGUAAAGUAAUAAAGUAUAUUAAAACUCAAAAAAUUCAUCCCAGUGGAUCACACACACAAAAGACGUGAAAAUGAAAGGUAACUCUUAAGAAAAGGAAAGGUCAAUGGGAAAAGAAGGGAGUGAGCGGGGAAUGAGGAUGAAAAUGACUAAAUCUGAUUGUGAAGAGCACGAAACUGUCAAGUAAAAAUGGAAGAAUUAUCACACUAUAAUCCAUAAAAAUACAGCAAUUGGGAGUCAACUAAAAUUAAACUUUUAGUCAUUUUGAAUUCUUAGCUGUUUGGAGUGGAUUGCGCUUGUGUUUCCCAAGGUUUGGAUCUCAUUUAGAAACACUGUGGCCCUCAAAACCUUUGGGACUCAAGAAGAGACUGAAACUGCAUUUCUAGCUUCCAUUCUGUAAAAAACCAACGCAAAACCAAACCUUUGAGACUACUAAGGGAGACCACUUCCAGAUAGAACACAGGCAAUGACUUCCAGAAAGACCCCAAUAGGCAACGUAAUUACAGAGAAAAAUUAACAAAUGUGACUGCAAGAAAUGCAAAAGAUUUUGCUGUACAUAGGAGACAAGAGAAUAAAGAGACAGCCUGACAAAUGGAGGCCACUCACCCAGUGGGUGACCAAGAUACAGAAUAAAUACAGAAUUUUAAAAGUUGAACAUCAAAAAGAACAGAUGAUCUAAUAAGUAAACGGGCAAAAGAACAAAACAGGCACUUUCAAAGGGCCAAAAAUUCCACAUUUUAGCCGUCAUGGAUAUGCAAACCAAAGCUGCAAUGAGAUUCCAUGUCACUCCAGUCAGAGCAGCUUCCAACAAGAGAGAAGGAAACAGACAGACAAAGUGGUAAGAAUUUGACGGGGUUGAAAAUACUGAUAAUGCCGAUGAGAAUGUAAAUAAGUUCAGCUACUACGGAAAUCAGUGUGGAGAUUCCUCAGAAUAUGGGAAAUACAGCCUGUAUAUGAUUGUUAUCCCACUUCUGGUGUACACCCAGAAGAAACAAGUCAACUUACUCUAGCAUUGCCUGUAUACCUGUGCUUGUUGCAUCACAACAGCCAAGUUAUGGAACCAGCAUAGGUGUUGGCUAGAUAAGAAAAUGUGGUAUACAUGCACAGUGGAAUUUUUUUCAGCCAUACAGGAGAAUAAAAUAUAUGAUUUUAUUUUAUAAUCAAUGACACUUAAAUACCAAAGAGAAAUGAAAACCAUGAUUUCUGAAUUACAGAAUUACAGACUUCUCUUUCCCUAAAUGUCCCCACUGACUGCAUGGUAACUAGGACUUCUCCUACAAACUGGUGAGGACAUGGUAAUAGGCCAAUGUGGUCCACAGAGCAGUGCUAAGAGCCACUUGUUCCCAUAUAUCCUGACUAAACAAAAUGACUCUUUUAUGCCGGUGGCAACCACUCUCCAAAGAGGAUGCUAGCACCAUGGUGCUAGCUUCGAGCUGAGAAACUUGCCUUCUCAACCAGCUCCUGGCUUCUCUCUACUGCAUCCUCUAAGGACAGAAACACCCAGGAUCCUCCUUGGUUCACCUGAGUUCACAGUGUCCAAAUGAAACAAGUGCCACAAGUUUCUAAAAGCCAAAGUCUAAUCAGGAUCAUUUAGAUCAUUAAUGCUCCCCCAUAAUUAAGUCAAUUUCUGAUUAGAAUUGUCAUUUCAACAGAGCUGGGUGGAGCAAGGUUCAACUGUGGUAUCUUAAUAGCAACUGAGUUCCAAUUAUGAAAGAAGGGGGAAGCACUUUGUUCUUCAUACACAAAGGGGCUGCUCUUGGCUCCAGGGUCUUCAGGGAAGAUUUGAGUCAAUCUCAUAGGAGAACAGUUGAGCUGGCUACACACUCCUUCUUACCCAUAGCAUCCAAGGGCAGGCUUGACUUGAAGUGAGAAUGUGCUGUCCUGUCAGAAAAUGGCAGGGAGAGCAGCAGCAUGGAGUACAUAACACAUUCAUACUUUGUAACUAUUCCUUCUUCCUGCUCCUAUGAAAUAGAUAUUAGGGUUCCUGUUCCGUAGACAAAGCAAGUGAGGAUCAGAAAGCCUCAACACUCAGCAAUCAAUAGCUACUGUACUCCCCCAUGGAGGGAUUGCAUGAGCUACUUUGCCCGUGGUAACACAGGUGACAAGCAGUAAAGGAAAGACCCAAACCCAGUCACCAAACUCAAGUCCAUUCCAUUGUAUGGCUGCCCCUCAGAGGCCUAAGUCACCAUGCAUCAUCACAGGACACCUGAGACAAAAGGCCAUGGUGGAAAGGACCCCAGGAUCUAUCUUGCUAGUUUUUACCUCUACAAGCAAAGUCAUUAUCGACCAAAAUACCUGCUAUCACUAGGAACAACUCAAAGUAACCUAGAGCCGGUUAGUUACAAUGCUGUCCAUCAUGUACCAUCCAGAACUGGGAGCUGGAGACUCAUAAACCCUCACAACCAAUAGGCAGGAUGGAAAUACCCCAACAAAGUAUUCAUGGCACCGAAGUAGAAAAAUUGUGGCAAAAAGAGAGUUGGAUUCUAAGGUUUUGAGAAUUUCCAAAGUAAUGAAGACCAGGAAUCAAACAGCAAAAUUUGAAAGAUGCUCCUCCUUGAACUAAUGUCUGAAAUCUCCAGGUUCCCUUUAGCUGCUUCCCAAGUCUGGAACCUAUCAUCCUCUGGUUAAAGCAUGCAACCCCUCACAACCAAUAGGCAGGAUGGAAAUACCCCAACAAAGUAUUCAUGGCACCAAAGUAGAAAAAUUGUGGCAAAAAGAGAGUUGGAUUCUAAGGUUUUGAGAAUUUCCAAAGUAAUGAAGACCAGGAAUCAAACAGCAAAAUUUGAAAGAUGCUCCUCCUUGAACUAAUGUCUGAAAUCUCCAGAUUCCCUUUAGCUGCUUCCCAAGUCUGGAACCUAUCAUCCUCUGGUUAAAGCAUGCAACCCACUCUGGCUGACAGUCUCCAAGGCCAACCUGCUUACAGUUACAUCAGAGAAGUGGCCAGUCAUGCACUAAACGCCUAUCCCUAUCCCAAGAAUUCCAAAUCUUCAUGAAUGGGUCAAUCCUUUGCUUGCAAUCACAAGGAGGUGGGGCCAAGACUUACUAGUCACGUAACUAGGGCCAGACUCAGGAGGUGCUUGAUCAAUAGAUGAGUCAGGGCAGGCAGAAGAGUAUAAAACCUCUGCAGCUCAGAAGCUCCUCACAUCACCAUCACCUCCUUCCCUCACUCAGCUCCCCUGGUGAUUCGGGUAAGUGUGGGCUCUCCUGGCUCUCUGAUCUCUCCAGCUAGCCUUGCUCAGCUUGCAGAGGUUAAGGGACAGGACCCCUCUCCCCCUUUAGAAGCUACUACAUUCAAAUUGAUUAGGGAUUUAGGAAAGCACUGAGAGAGCGGUAAGCUGCUUUUGGGCAGGUGAUGUUUCUGGUCUUCUGGCCAGAACGCUAAACUCAGUCAAGAGAGGACUGCCUCCUACCUCUCUGGCACCCGAAGGGCUGAGGGCUAGAACACAGGAGGGCUCUGCAGUUGGUGCACAAGGCAUCCUGCCAUGAACUGGAUGAACCUUGUGGACCUGCCAGGAGAGGCUGAGCCUACUCUCAGAGAAUGGGGAGGGUAAGCCAUAGAGUGGUGCUGAUGGGAGUUAGUGGAGGAGCUGUUCUGAGCCAUAAAUGACCUGUGAGAUGCUGGGCUGCAAGCUCCUACUCGCUGCAAUUCUCCACCAAACUUAGACUUCUGCCUAUCCUCAAAAAGAUGCCUGCUCUCUUCUGGUCAGACGUGCUGGUCCACAUGGUUUAGUACCCUUGCCUCUUUUUGCAGGCAGAACCACAGGAGAGCUUCCUUGUCUAAUAAAUGGCUCUUGGAGCAUAUCCUCCCUCAGUAGGACAGAUCAAGAUUUUGAACUAAGGGCUUUUGCAGAAAAUGAGUCCUACAGUUUGCUAAUGUCCCAACAAAUCUUUUCUUGUUGUGCUAGUGGAGAUUUGUUCUCUAUUGGACUUUGAAUCAGGACUGGGACUUGGGAGCACUCUAAGAGAUGGAGUGUUCCUUCGUGGGAUAUAAGAAGCAGACAGGAAUGUCGGUGCUCUGCCCUCCAAGUCACACAGAAGUCAGGCAGAAUUGAGGGAGAAGGGAGGCACCACUAAAGGGGCCUUUGUCCUAGCAAGAACUCUGCAGCCCAUGAAUGGAGGGAGUCCCAGAAGCCUGAUCCACAUGAUGCUGGGAGUCAGAAGGAUGCUGCCAUGGAUGCGGCUGCUUUUUUUUUUUUUUGCAGCAUCCUCUUGCCGCUGAUCUAAUGAUGCUCUUCUGCACUUCCUCCAGGUUUCCCCUUCUCCUUAAACAAGAUGUCUCACCAGAAAAAGCAGCCCACUCCCUGUCCUCCCGUUGGUUGUGGAAAGACCUCCGGUGGAGGAGGCGGUGGUGGCGGCGGCGGUGGCGGCGGCGGCGGCUGCGGCUACUAUAGCGGAGGUAGCGGCGGCGGCUCUAGCUGCGGCGGUGGCUCAUCUGGAGGUGGCUCCAGCUGCGGAGGCGGAGGCGGUGGCUCCUACGGAGGUGGUUCCAGCUGUGGCGGCGGAGGCGGCUCCGGUGGAGGAGUCAAGCACUCCGGAGGCGGCGGCGGCUCCAGCUGUGGGGGCGGCUACUCCGGGGGCGGUGGCUCCAGCUGUGGCGGCGGCUACUCCGGGGGCGGCGGUGGCUCCAGCUGCGGUGGCGGCUCGUCCGGAGGCGGCUCUAGUUGUGGAGGCGGUGGCGGCUCCGGUGGGGGCGUGAAGUACUCCGGUGGCGGCGGCGGCUCCAGCUGCGGUGGCGGCUACUCAGGCGGGGGCGGCGGCUCCAGCUGCGGAGGCGGAUCAGGAGGCGGCGGCUCCUACUGCGGAGGCUCCUCCGGAGGCGGCGGCGGUGGCUGCGGCGGCGGUUCCGGAGGGAGCAAGUACUCCGGAGGCGGCGGCUCCAGCUGCGGCGGCGGCGGCUACUCCGGCGGCGGCAGCUCCAGCUGCGGCGGCGGCGGCUACUCCGGCGGGGGCGGCUCUAGCUGUGGCGGCGGCUACUCCGGCGGUGGCGGAUCCAGCUGCGGCGGCGGCUACUCCGGCGGCGGCGGCAGCAGCUGCGGUGGCGGCGGAGGUGGCUCCUCCGGGUCGGCCCAACAGUAUCAGAGCCAGAGCUACGGCGGCGGCUCCAGCUGCGGUGGUGGCUACUCCGGUGGUGGCGGCUCCAGCUGCGGAGGUGGCUCCUCCGGCGGCGGCUCCAGCUGCGGAGGCGGCGGCUAUUCCGGUGGUGGCGGCGGUAGCUGCGGCGGCGGCUCCUCCGGUGGCGGCGGGGGCUACUACUCGUCGCAGCAGACCACCCAGUCCUCCUGCGCCCCCCAGCAGAGCUACGGAGGGGGCUCUUCAGGCGGAGGUGGUAGCUGCGGAGGUGGCUCCUCUGGCGGCGGCGGCGGCGGCUGCUACUCCUCUGGCGGCGGCGGCGGCGGCUGCGGUGGAGGCUACUCCGGUGGCGGCGGCGGCUGCGGCGGCGGCUCCUCCGGUGGCAGCGGUGGCUGCGGCGGCGGCUCCUCUGGGGGUGGCGGCGGUGGCUGCGGAGGCGGCUACUCCGGGGGCGGCGGCGGCUCCAGCUGCGGCGGCGGCUCCUCUGGGGGCGGCUCUGGAGGUGGCAAGGGCGUCCCGGUCUGUCACCAGACCCAGCAGAAGCAGGCGCCUACCUGGCCCUGCAAGUAAGGUCCUCAAGUUGCCACGGAGACAAAGGAUCUGGAAGUGUUCUCCGUGGGCGCCGACGGGCUUAGCUUUCUCAUGAGAUUGCCUGAGGUUUCCAGACCCUUCACGCCUUAACACUCCCCCUGCCCCAGAAGAAGCCUUCCAGUCACUCAAACUGCAUCUUGUUCUGCAGAUUUUCCAUCUUGGUUUCUGAAUGUCUACCUCCCAACUCCAGUGCCUCCUCAGUCAAUAAAUUUGCAAUUCAUGAGAAUCUCUUGAGUCUCCACUGGUCUUUGUAGCCUGGAAAU